AUGGAUGCUCGCACGCUCAGGAUAAUCAAUCUAAUCGACUGCUCGACGAGAUCUGAAAUAACGCAUCUCUUCACGCAGGAUGUCGACCCCCCGGAGGAUGAGGCCGUCACGUGGACCGAAGAGCAGCUGAGGGAUUAUUUUAGCAGCGGCGGCGAAAUAAGACCCGAACGAAGGGACACCUCCGUGGCGGGGGGAUUCAGGGACCUGCCACCUCCUCCCCCAACCUGCUUUCCUGAGAACAUGCCGAAGAUUGGUGAAGAGCUGACAGAGCAGCUCUUGACCGUCGAAGCCUACCGCGAAGCCGCGUUCGCCAACGGAAUCCCGUUCCGCCCGAACGGCCUGUUCACCAUGGGAGAUUCCCUCCUCGCCGAGCUGUCGAAAGACCCGGGAUUGCGCGCGUUUCAAAAGAACGUGGUCGGUUUUGACGAGGACGGUGAACCAAAGUACGUGCCCGCGGACUCGUUUGCCCACGGGGACGGCGGCGCCGCGAACGGCGUGGACCUGCGUUGCUUCUAUCGCCCCGACGCGAGGACCGUCGUCGCCGCCUUCAGGCUCGGUCACCGCGCGGCGAUCGCCCACCACAUGUACACGACCGCACACGGAGGUUCGAUCGAGACGGUGCUCGACGAGACGACAGCCGAGGUCGUCAAGUGCGCCUCGACGCCCGCCGUCGCAACCACCGAGAUGAAGGUCUACCUCAAAAGGCCGCUGGAGCUGUUCAAGACCUAUCGCGUCGACGUGGAGAUCACCGAUGCGACAGAGUUUAAGACUUUCACUAAGGCGACGAUACGUGAUCCAUCGAAUCCGAACAUACCGCUCGCUAUUGGAGAGGCUGUUCUCGCGCAUAGUGCAGUUUUGGCAAAGUUGAUGGGGAAGAAACGAACUUCCUUCAACACUGCUGUGUGA